AAAGUUUCAUUCAGUACCUACUAGAAAGAUAAUAGAUACGGAUUUCUUGAUUUAUGGGCAAUCUUUGCUGCGCUUAGUUCAAAUACGCCAGUAACCAGCUCAAGAGCGGUUUAUAGCUGUAUGGAAACAGGGCUUUUGAAGAAACGUUACCUAUAGCUGCUUAAUUUCUUCAUUUGGAUUGAAUCACAGACUCUGUAAUGGAUCAGAUGUGGCUUUUAUACAUCGCAGCGAGUCUCUGCGCUUUGCUCGCCUCUGCUGAGAGACACACUGUUUUCUGGAAUAGUACCAACUCUAAGUUCCGAUGGAACAACUAUGCAGUUGAGGUACACCUGAACGACUACCUGGACAUCGUUUGCCCUCACUACCCACUGGGCGAAGUGCCGUCACAGGACGCAGAGCGCUACGUUCUCUACAUGGUGGAACUCGAAGACUAUGACACCUGCCGUCCACAAUCCUACGAUCAGAUGCGUUGGGAAUGCGGCCACCCUUUCGCCCCACACGCACCCGAGAAGUUCUCAGAGAAGUUCCAGCGCUUCACGCCAUUCACUCUGGGAAAAGAGUUCCGGCAGGGCGAGAGCUACUACUACAUCUCCAAACGACUGCACCACCAUGGACAGGAGUGUCUGAGACUCCGGGUGGAUGUAGUUGCCAAUGAUGGUUCUCAAGAAGCCAGGGUUGGCACAGGAGGCGGAGCCAAGGUGGGCACAGCAGGAGGAGCUCACACACCGUCUAAUCGGUUACCAGCAGAUGAUCCUGUUGUGGCUCUUCCUGAUGUACAGAAAAGCAAGCGGACAAACUCUGCCAUUUCAAUAGCGUCCUGGACUGUCCUCACAACCUUACUCCCCAUUUUAUUAUUACUGGUCUUACAGUGAGAUGGACAUUGGACUAAACUACACUUACAAAAGACUAUAAUGACAGCGGCCUGUGUUGAUGGACGCACACAGGGGUAGCUCUUUACAUCCCAGUGCUGGCCAUUGGGAGACGCGAACCGAAAGUGGAGCUCUCUCACACCGCUGGUGCAGGUGGAGAAGCCGAACUGGAAUAAAGAGAUCUUUGAACAUUCUGGCACUUCUAAAGAAACAAAACGAGACGUCAGUAUACUCCUGGAAAUAUUGUUCAUGCAAAGGGAAUUUUUCUCAUAUAAAUGCCAGACUUCACAAUACCUGGAUAAGAACAAAGUGAAACAGUAAUGCAGAUUUUGAAAUAGCACAUACUUUAAGUGUGGACAGUCCACAUCCACAGAGUUGAGUUUCAUAAUGAGGGGACGCAAGCCAAGAUUGAGCCAAAGACCACAGAGCUUCUCACGAAGGAGCAGAGCGAUCAAACCUUUCAUUGUUUUCUCAUGUUUUGUUGAUCCAGAGAAAUUCAUGUAGCAUUAACUCAGUGGGUUUUAUUCUCACCAUUUUCUCAUGGUUUUAUAAGACUAUGUGCUGUACCUUUAUUUAAACCUGGAAAUGCAGCACAGAACACACACAACCCCCUUUUCCCACUGAGAUGGUGCUGGUACCUGUGACGGGACGUCUGUGGAAAGGAUGUCAGAUUGGGCGCCCUCACCCUGUCAGCGGAAAACGGGGGCAUCAAUACUGUUUACAAAACCCACUGACACACGUCCAUUCACACAUGCUGUGUUGUUUUUGUACGUUCGUCGUUUAAAGAGUUAGUAAAUUAUGAGGUUUGCUGCAGAACAAAUGACUGUAUAUACUGAGCACAAAUGUUUACUCCGUGAUAGAGAAAGAGGAAAUGAGACGCAAGAGAGGAGACACUUGUUGGAUUCAUGUGUAUGUAGAUGUGUAGAUGGAAGACAGAAAGAAAAGCAGGAAAUGUUGAUGUGUCCAGAAACACACGAUCCCUCUCAUGUGUGUGUGUGUGUAUGUUAGCAGAGGAGAUGUGUUGAUCUGUCCCAGAACAGUGGCAUUUAGACGGCAUACAAUCACUUACACACCACAAAUGGACAACUGGAAGCCAAAGGAA